AUGCGCCGACGACUGGAGCGUGUCCAAGGGGGUCCCGGCCUGAGCAGCCCCUACAAGUUCCCCCACGUGGCGGGGGAAACUGCAAGUUCGCCACCACCUCGCACGCCUCCGCUAGAUUCAGAAUCCGGCACAUGGUCAGCAUGGGGUCUCUCCCCGCGCGAGUGGGGGGAGGUGCAGUCGGCGCUUCGCGCGGAUACGCCGUCGGCCAGCCUGGAGUUCGGCCAACAGAUAAGCGCGACGCAGAGAAGCCGGGGACCUGACGGGGGGUGCGGAACUGAGCCCUCCCCUCUCGCGCGGGCCGAUAUUCGCUCAGCGUCGGCGCGCGCAGAGGAGCAACCUGGCCGGGGUCCACGACUAAGGGGGGACCGUUGGUCACCUCUAUAUGGACGUGAGUCGGCCCCCCACUCGCCCGGGCCUGCCGCACCACCUCCACAAACGUGUCUGCGGCGUGAUCAAGGGCAGGAUCCUGCUGGCGACCAUUACCGCCACGACCUCCGCCAUUCCGCCGGCCUCGCCGGCCGCCAGAACCUGCCGAGUGAGGACGCGGGGGGGACUGCUCGCGACGCCCCGAAUCCCAGCGACGUCCAGGCGACCCCCUCCCCCUCGUCGCCGGAGAUCGCCGCGGAGACCGUUGCGCGGGGGAUCGCGCUCGGGGUGAGCGCUGGCCUGCCCGACCACGAGGAGACGGGCGGCGAGGAGAACGAGGACGCCCAGGGGAUCGCCGAUCGCCCCCACCCCGCGGAUGAGCCUCGCGAUGCUCAGGAGAUGGGCGCCGAGGAGAAGGCUGCCGCGGAGGCUGACGCAGAGGCGAGCGCCCGCGCUCCUGCCGCGGCUGACCGUCCGGGCGGUUCGACGCAACACGCGCAGGGGCCCACGAAUACUCCGGCGAGCCGACGCCAGCGCGCCGACAGAAGGAGGACGAGGUGGACGUGGCGCCGCAUGCAGGGCGCGUGGGAGCCGCGGAAGGGAGAGGAACGCGGGGUAUCCGCGUGGGACGCGGCAGCAGCCGCCGCGGACGACGAGGGAAUGGGAGGGGACGAAGAGGUGGAGGAGCGCGCGGCACAAAUCGGCGGCGCACCGGCGCAAGCGGUUACGCGAGAACUGUUGAAAGGCUAA